GAUGGUGGAGGACGUCAGUGCUGGGCUUGUGUGCAGUAUGUUAGACCCUGAGGGCAGUGUAGAGCACAAAGCGGAUCCCUCCUUCCCCAAAGUUUUCCUUAUCCCCUUAGCCAUGCUGAUCGUCAUAGGAGCGUUGCUCUUCUUAGCACUUUCCGCCACCGAACAGAAAGAGGACAGUUUUUACUCCUAUAAAGUGGUCAACAUCAGGGGCAAGCUAGUUUCCCUGGACAAAUACAGAGGCUCGGUAGCCUUAGUUGUCAAUGUUGCAAGUGAGUGUGGCUAUACAGACAGCCACUACAAAGCCCUUCAACAGCUGCAGAGAGAACUUGGCUCACAUCAUUUCAACGUGCUGGCAUUCCCUUGUAAUCAAUUUGGACUUCAAGAACCAGGCACCAACAAAGAAAUUGAGAAUUUUGCCAGGAAAACAUAUGGAGUCACCUUUCCCAUGUUCAGCAAGAUAGCAGUCAAGGGCACUGGGGCAAAUCAAGCCUUCAAAUAUUUAAUUGAUUCCACUGGUGAGGAGCCAACCUGGAAUUUCUGGAAAUACCUUGUUGAUCCAAAUGGGAAAACAGUAAAGGCUUGGGACUCUACUGUCACUAUUGAGGAAAUAAAACCUCAUAUCACUGAACUUGUGAGGAAUAUCAUCCUGAAGAAAAAAGAUGAACUGUGAUUACACACACACACACACACACACACCACUAAUUAUUGAACCUCUGAUUAUCAUUUGGACCUCUUCUCAUUCCUAAAAGAAAAUGUAAUUUUAAAAAAUUGUCAAUAUGAAGUCCAUCAACAUGAGUUAGCUCCAUCCUCCAAGUACAAUACUGUAUUUUAUUUUUUGGUCUUUCAUUCAAUCCAUUCAGCAUAGCUGCCAAGUUUUCCCUUUUCUCGCGAGGAAGCCUAUUCAGCAUAAGGGAAAAUCCCUUUAAAAAAGGGAUAACUUGGCAGCUAUGCCAUUCAGUCCCAGGGGAAACACACCAAAGGUCUGGGGUUUAUUUCCCAUUUCAAGCCACUUAUUGAUUGUGGUAAGGUGAAGAACCUAGGAUUUCCUAGAGAAACAUUACUAAUAGCUACCCUAUCAUCUUGUUCAUCAACUUGUUCAUCAAGGGCAUUUAUGAAAUGCAACCCAGAAUAGAUAUAAUAGAUCUUAACCUGCAUGUGGUUUUAAGAAGCAGCUAUUAUGCUGGGAAACAAGAGCACAUUGACACUAGCUGUAUUUUCUUGCACUCACACCAGUCACUCAUUCAUUUAUCCCUGGGAAUCCAUACACUAGGAUGGCUCUAAGAAUCCUGUGACUGUAGUUCUAUUCAACGAAAAUGAGAUUUUUCCUGCCAAUUAUUACUAUUUCAAAAAAAAAAAAAACCUGUUUGAGAGGAUUGUGCGACCGGCUUGAACAGAAUGGGGGGCUACAGUUGGAGGACAAGAAUCCUGUUAACAGGAGCCUCUAUUGGACCAAAGUCCCUUUUGUGAAUGGAAGGAAACAUUUGGACCCAUUAAUCCUAAACUGUUGCAUUCCUGUGUUCUGUCUGUUGUCAUUCAGCAUUUUGCAUGUGUUGAUUUAUGGUGAUUUUUUUUAAAAAAGCAACUUCCUUUCAAUUGCAGCAAAAUCCUCUUAGGUGUGAACUGAAAUGUCUCAUUGUUAGAGCAGAGGUGUGGUUGGUGAUGUUCUUGAUGACAUGUGUUUUUAGUUUCCUACCUAUCUGGCCCUCUCAAGCUCCAGAGGCAUCUACCCUUAAAAAUAAUCAUUACUGAAACUGACAAAAGCUUUCAACCAUCUUUGCAGCUUGCCUUAAGAAGCCUGGUGAAACAGAAACUUUGCAGAUGUUGGGAAAAGCUUUCUCAGCUGUGCACAUCUACAUUUGAAAACAACUUAAGGCUUUCACCCCACUUACACAGGGAGUCUUAGAAAGGGCCGUGAGUUUCACCAAGUUUCUCCAGAUUCAGCAUGGGAUGGGUAGGUGCCACUGAAAGAGCUGCCUUUCCCUUCACAUAGAACAGGUAACCAACCUGGUGGCAUCUGAAUGUUGAGUCCUACAGCUUGCCUCGUCCCUCACCAUUAGUCAUGCUAGCUGUGACUGAUGGGAAUUGAAGUUCACAACAUCUGGAGGCCUCCAAGUUGGCUUCCCAUGGGAUAGAAACUAGGUAAUGCUCAAACAGUGAAUUAGAGCUCAUAUAGGGCAUUAAAAAUAUUUUUUUUGUUGUCUGGAAGCAUCCAUAGAUUUUCUUCAGUUGUAAUCCAUGUUGUUGAAACUAAGUGACUUGACUCAGAAAUCUACACAUGUCAGUUUAUAACCACUGAUGAAAGGAAUGGAGAAUUUUUGUUGACUGGACCAGAAUAAAAGGAGAGUCCUACAUCAUUGUAACAGAUGUUUGUGAACUUCCAUACA